ACCCACUGCAGAAUCAGACCGAAACCUGGAGAGACAGCGUUGCCUUUCUGCUCCCCUCGCACCCCCCCCCUCCUGCUAUAAAUAACCGGGACUAGCGGGUCAGGAACGUCACACGGAGAGAAAACAGGACCCCGAGGUUUUCUUCUCUGGGAAUAGGGGGCAAAGGGAAAUCUGCUCGGUCCCCGGCAGCCGCCGCUUCCCCUUUGAUGUUUUGGUACGCCGUGCGCAUGCGCCUCACAUUAGAAUUACUGCACUGGGCAGACUAAGUUGGAUCUCUUCUCUUCAGUGAAACCCUCAAUUCCAUCAAAAACUAAAGGGAUGUGGAGAGUCCGGAAAAGGGGCUACUUUGGGAUUUGGUCCUUCCCCUUAAUAAUCGCCGCUGUCUGUGCGCAGAGUGUCAAUGACCCUAGUAAUAUGUCGCUGGUUAAAGAGACGGUGGAUAGACUCCUGAAAGGCUAUGACAUUCGUCUGAGACCAGAUUUUGGAGGUCCCCCUGUGGCAGUGGGAAUGAACAUUGACAUUGCCAGCAUCGAUAUGGUUUCUGAAGUCAAUAUGGAUUAUACCUUGACAAUGUACUUUCAGCAAGCCUGGAGAGAUAAGAGGCUGUCCUAUAAUGUAAUACCUUUAAACUUGACUCUGGACAACAGGGUAGCAGACCAGCUCUGGGUGCCUGAUACCUAUUUCCUGAACGAUAAGAAGUCAUUUGUGCACGGAGUGACUGUUAAGAACCGCAUGAUCCGCCUGCAUCCUGAUGGCACCGUCCUUUAUGGACUCAGAAUCACAACCACAGCCGCCUGCAUGAUGGACCUAAGGAGGUACCCACUGGAUGAACAAAACUGCACCUUGGAAAUUGAGAGCU